AUGACGUCAAGAUUGGAUGUCGUGAAGCGUCUCUCCAAUUGGUCAAGCUGUGAUAUCUCAGACGGCCUAUCCAAACUAGGCUGUGUCGACGGCGGUUUCCUAGAAGGGCUUGUGCUGUACUCUCCCGAGUAUCAAGCUGGGAAGACCAAGAUUGUCGGACCGGUCUUUACUGUCAAGUUUGCUCCCAAGAGCGAUUCAUCCGCGCCGAAGGUCAAGGGCAACUACAUCGACCAGAUACCCAAGGAUUCCGUUGUCUUCAUCUCACAGCCGGCCCCGCAUGUGAAUGCCUGCUAUGGUGGACUCAUGUCUCUGAGGGCACAGAUCCUCGGGGCCAAGGGUGUUGUGAUUGACGGACAUCUUCGCGACCUUCAAGAGCACAGAGAUCUCGGAUUCCCGCUCUUUGCAAGAGGCACUGGCACUACGGCCGGUGGUGCUGUCUGCUUCCCGUCCGAGAUCAACGUCGAUGUCAAACUUCAAUCCGCCAAGCAGGAUGCUACGAUUAGCCCGGGAGGAUACAUUGUCGCGGAUCUGGAUGGCGUUGUGUUUCUGCCUGGAGACCUGGCCGAACAAGUUCUCGAGAAGAUCCCAGGACUUGCUACGGCGGAUGACAGGUGUGCUGAAGCUAUCCGUGGUGGCAUGUCUGUGCAAGAGGCGUUCGCGACUUUCAGGGGCAAAUAG